AUGACAGGAUUUCAGUCAACUACAGAAGAUCUUACUACUUUUCUUAAGGCAGAGCUUGCACCAUUAGCAACCAGACCAGCAGGAGUUCUAACGAUUACUGGAUCUGACUGUUCUGGUGCAGAUCAAUUGGAAGCAGAUAUAAAAACAAUUACUCUUUGCCAAUGUUUUGCAGUGUCUUGUAUUACGGCAAUUACCGCAAGGAACGUGAAAGGGGUCCAGGCUGUUUACCCAAGCUCGAGGGAUUCCGUCAAAUGUGUUCUUGAAACAUUAAAAGAUGAUGUUUUAAAUCUUAAGGCUGUCAAGGUUGGUCUUCUUCCAAGUGCAUGCUUUAGUCCUGUUUCCGAAUUCUUACAAACGUGUGAACAGAUAGGCCUUGAAAAUGUGGUUUUGGAUCCUUUCAUUGUUGAAAAUGAUGCUGACUUUGGACCUUCCCUAGUUUCUCAAUUGCUUGGCAUUUUCAAAUACUGCCGCCUUGUUACUCCCAGCCUUACUGAUGCAGAGAUCAUUAUGUCUUGUUUGAAAGGUCAAUCUCGUUUGCAACGUAUUAACAUUACUGGUGUGAAGUCAUUGUGCGAUGCUGCUGUCACACUCGGAAAGGAAAUUCAUUCUAGUAUUUUAUUAAAAGGUGGCCAAGUACCUUUCGAUGCCCAAGGUCUAAAAGUUGACAGAAAGAAUCCUAAGUUAAUUUACAAUGUGCUUUACGACUACAAAGUCGAUGAAACGAUUGUAUUCAAAAGUAAUUACGUCAAUUCUGAAAAUACACAGGGAGCAGGAUGCAUUCUUUCAUCGUCCAUAGCAUCAAACUUGGCAGUUGGCAUUUCUUUAAAAGAAUCAGUGAAAAACUCCAUCGUGUUUGUUAAUGAGUCAAUCAGGCACUCAAUCUCAAGACAGAUUGGUGCUCUAACUUGUCCAUGGAGAUAUGGAAAUGAUUCUAGGCCCGAAAUGAUGAUAAGGAAACCAUUGUAUUUACAAGAAAACUCGCCAUUUUUACCACAAAACAAUGUAUUGAAAAAACUGAUUGACGAUAAGGAAGCAAACCCUGUGUGGGUAUCAUUUACGCACUCGGAUUUCUUUCGCACCAUCAACAAUGGUACCAUGAGAGAUUCGGCUCUUCGUCAUUUUCUUCUCCAGGAUUACAAAUAUCUCAAGUCAUUUUUUGCAUGCCAUAAACGUCUUUAUGACCUUGCAAAGUCACCUGAGACCAAGGAUGUGGCUGCAAACUUAGUUCAAAUCAUUCAACGAGAAUUUCAUGGUCAUGCGAACCUUCUCAAGACAAAAUUUGGAAUUGACAACCCCGAGGAUAUCGAUCCAUCGCCAGCUUUGACAUCCUAUGUCAACUACAUGGAGAAAUAUAAAAAUGGUGACAGCUUUUUAGAACUUGAAACGGCAUUAAUCCCAUGUCAAUUUGGAUUCAAUCCAGCUGUCUCCAGGUUUUACAAACCAACGGCUGCCUACGAUUUUUCAACAGGAGGAGUGAUUACCACUGAACUAUCUGACUUUGAACCAUGUAAAUCCCAGUAUGAAAGCUGGCUCCAGGCAGCAACUUCGAUCACAGAAGAUAAUGGCAAUAAGACAUUACAAGCUGCGUAUAAUAACACAUUUAAUUGUGAGGUUGCAGAAGGUAAAACUAAUUACGAACACAUAAAAAAGAUCUUUAUUGAAGGAUGCAAACAAGAAUAUGAUUUCUGGGAUGAGUGUUAUAGAUCAUAA